AUGAAGUCUUCUGCGCUUCGGACGCCGGCAACUUUUUUCUUUGUGUCGAAACCUCGAGAGUUCCGCGACUGCAACAAAAUGGACCCCACAAUCAAAGGCCUUGCACAAUCAGACGUUCAAUACGACGGCUCCUCUCUUCGUAUCGCCAUUGUAUAUGCAAGAUGGAACAACACCGUAAUAGACGCUCUGGUAGCUGGUGCAGUAGCAAAGCUGAAAGAGCGGGGUGUGAAGGAAAGUAACAUUGUUAUCGAAACGGUGCCCGGAAGCUUCGAGCUACCACUGGCAUGCUCUAGAAUGAUAGCGGGUUCUCAUGUCCAGGCAAGCUCGACCGUCCCCGAUCUCUUGGGAGGGUUGAGCUUCAGUGGCAGUCUAUCUCCUCCCAAAGCCCCCUCUCGCACAGGCACACCAGCUCCAGGAGCUGCCCUCAAUCUGCCUAAACAGCCUUUCGAUGCCGUCAUCGCGAUUGGCGUGCUGAUCAAGGGCGCUACUAUGCACUUCGAAUACAUUUGCGACAGUGUCUCACAAGCGUUGAUGAAGAUCCAACUAGACACAGGCGUACCAGUUAUCUUCGGGGUGUUGACGGCGCUCACAGAGGAUCAAGCGUUGGAAAGAGCAGGGUUGGGCCGAGGUGCCAGUAAAGGCCAUAACCACGGCGAAGAUUGGGGGUUGGCCGCUGUGGAGAUGGGCUCCCAUGUCCGUCGUUGGGCUGAAGGGAAAUUCGUCUAA